UCCCAGUCCACGCCUGCAGGAAGGAAUGUCCCGUGACAAGUCAUCUGUGUUUUUAGUGGACUACCUUUCCUAUUGACAUAGUUGUGGGUGUUGCCUGACAAGACGAGCUGGAAGAGUCGGUGCUGCUCCUCAGAAGUUUGCCUCACUCUUGAGUUUCCUGCCUCCCGAUGGCUUCCUUUUUCUCGUCCUGGAUUUGGAGCGAGAGGUUUUGGCUUCCCGAAAAUGUGUCGUGGUCCGACCUGGAGCACCCACCGCCCGGGGUGGAGUACCCCAGGCUGGAGCACCUCCUGCUCGCCUUUCCCCUGGCUGUGGGGGUCCUGCUUCUCCGGCUGCUGUUUGAGAGGCUGAUUGCCAAGCCCUGCUCCCGCAUACUUCAGAUUCAAGCGGGAGUGCCACGACAAGCUCAGCCUAACACCAUCCUGGAGAGGCUCUAUCAGUCCAAAUCGUUUCCAGAUGAAAGGCAGCUGGCAGGGCUAUCAAAGCAGCUGGACUGGGAUGAGCGGAAAAUAGAACGAUGGUUCCGUGUCCGUCGGAACCAGGACAAGCCCGGCCUGCAGAGGAAGUUCUGUGAGAGCAUGUGGCGAUUCACCUUUUAUCUGGUGAUUUGUAUUUAUGCCAUGAACCAUUUGUGGGUGUCACCUUGGAUGUGGGAUCUCAGAAAGUGUUGGCACAACUACCCGUUUCAGCCUCUGAGUCCCCAGCAAUACAAUUAUUAUGUUGCUGAGCUGGCUUUCUAUUGGUCCCUGAUGGUUUCCCAGUUUACAGAUGUUAAACGAAAGGAUUACAUCAUGAUGUUUGUCCACCACCUGGCCACCAUACUGCUCAUCACGUUCUCUUAUACCAACAACAUGCUAAGGGCUGGUACUCUGGUCAUGUGCGUGCACGAUGCAUCUGACAUCUUCCUUGAGGCAGCUAAGCUGGCAAACUAUGCCAAGUACCAGAGGCUAUGUGAUGGCCUGUUCGUGUUGUUCAGCUUCAGCUUUUUCCUCACGCGCCUCGUCAUCUUCCCUUUCUGGAUUGUUUACAGCGUGCUGUUUGACAGCUGGGAGAUUAUGGGGCCAUAUCGGGCGUGGUGGCUGCUAAAUGGGCUGCUGCUGGUACUGCAGACGCUUCACAUCAUCUGGUUCUACCUAAUCAGCCGCAUUGCAGUCAAAGCCAUCUUCAAGGGAAAGGUGGAAAAAGAUGAUCGAAGCGACAUAGAAAGCAGCUCAGAGGAGGAGAUUUGCUCCAGCAACGGCAAAAGCCCCAACCAGACUUCCAAACCGAUGAACAGUCAGAGCAGUGACCUCAACGGGGAAGCUCAUGACCACUGAAUGGGGAAAGUAGAAAUCCUUCACCGACGUGCCUGAGACACUCGUCUUUUCUUAAGUGACCUCAAACGUGUCGCGCUCCACUUGGAGCUGCAUAAGUAGUUGCGUUUUUCUUUGUUUACAUCUGCUGUAUAAUUUCUCAAAUGUACAGAUUGUUUUGUGGAACAGCGCUUCUGCUCACGCGUGUACAUAAAGAAACAGAUAUUGUUUCACUGCUGUAAAAACAAACCAGUGUUUCUGGUUUAAACGUAAUUUAUUCUAAACAUCCCAAAGAUUUUUGAUAACAUGCUGUAAUAAAUGACCGAAACCAG